GCUGUAUCUAAAUAAACAAUCUGCGAGGUAACAAGCGGACGUUCUUAUCGCGCGCCGUUCAAGAAUUAUUAUUAUGUGACGUCACUUGUCCGAGCGCACGGACGCAGGACCUCGUCGAGGGUACGAUCGCGUGAACGUUGCACGAGUCGCCGGACGAGCGUGAGAUUACGAAUAAAGAUCGCGGACAGCUGCAAGAGCCCGAGCAACUCGUCGUCCGGGCUCCAGAGUCACCCAUGUAGACGCGGACGCUUGCCGAGCGACAUCGAAUAUGACGUGGAAUCCUUUAAAGAAGAACUACCUGACCCAGAGGCCGACUUCCGCGCCGCCGCUCUUGUCCUAUGCGGAGGACAAAGAGCUGGACGUUGUCGUCCAGCAGCUCAUCUAUGUCGAAAGCGCAAUAAGAAAAAUGACCAAGGAGAUGAAGAAGUACAUAGGAUCCCUGACGUAUCUGGACAGAGCUGACCAGCGACUAAGUACGAAUCUCAUCAAUUGCGGGCUGGCGCAGAGUAACAACGAGUGUAGAAGAAUAGUGGAAGAGUACUAUUCCGUCGCUACACAAGUGGGAAAGAACGUUCAGGAGAUCAGCAACUUGUGCUACAAGACGUUUAUCGAACCUCUGAAGAAGUUCAGAAAUGAAUUUAUCGCCAUUGCUGCGGCACUGACGAAACGCGAGGAUCUAGUGGCUACCUGGAAAUACGUGUACAAUCGUAUGAAAAAGUUGCAGGAGAAAAAGGACAGGACGGCGAAUCACAUCGCGAAGCUGGAGAGAGAACGGCGAGCGGAGGAGAUGGCCGCUAAAGAGUUGAAGACUAUACACGCUCAGUUGCUCACGGAGCUGCCGAUGUUUCUCGGGAAAAGAUUGGAGUACAUCAAUCCGAGUAUUCACGCUGUGAUUAUGAUACAGUUAAAUUAUUACGGGCACGCGACGCAGUUGUACACGCAAUUGAUGCCCAUCGAGUGUUCCUCCGCGUUCGCGUCGAGCACAACGGUACCUGAGGAGGAACAUCAGCGAGUUAUCAACACUGAAUUAAAUAGAUUGAGAGCGCUAACUAUAGUAAAGGACCACUGAAUGA